GCGUGCCCUUGUGUGUGGUGCGCGUGCAUGUGUACGUGCUGGCCAGGUCUAGUGUGGAGAGCUGAUAGCGCCCGCGCGCGCAACCCCUUCCUCGCGUGUGCACGAGGGUCCGCAUAGCCGCCGCCACCGCCGCGUCUGCUUUCCGAGCGCGCAGAGCCGUCGCCAAACUUUGAUAAGCUGAAACCUUCAAGCAAAGGAGGGAAUAAUAUUUUUCUUUUUCUUAGUGUACAGAGUCCCCCGCUAAUUUUGUGUGACAAAGCUUGAGAAUACGAUCUGGACAUGGAAAACACACCAGUUGAAAUUUUUAAAGAAGAGAACAAGUGCCUGUCCGGGCUGCUGGAGGACUGUCCGGUGAAUUCCUCGGUUUGGAUGUCCGGAGACAGCCGCAAUGUGACCCGCGAUGAUGAGAGCUGGGAGCAGGAGAGCAUGUCCCCCAUCAUCCCCAUCAUCACCGCGGUGUACUCUGUGGUGUUCGUGGUCGGCUUGCUGGGCAACUGCCUCGUCAUGUAUGUGAUCAUCAGAUACACAAAGAUGAAGACAGCCACCAACAUCUACAUCUUCAACCUGGCGCUCGCAGAUGCUCUCGUCACCACCACUAUGCCCUUCCAGAGCACCGACUACCUUCUGAACACCUGGCCGUUUGGGGAGGUGGUGUGCAAGGUCUUCAUCUCCAUCGACUACUAUAACAUGUUCACCAGCAUCUUCACUCUCACCAUGAUGAGCGUGGACCGGUACGUGGCGGUGUGCCACCCUGUUAAAGCCCUGGACUUCCGCACACCCAUCAAAGCCAAGAUGAUCAACGUCUGCAUCUGGAUCCUGUCCUCGGCUGCAGGGAUACCGGCUUUUGUUCUGGGGGGAACUCAGACAAACAGCGACAUAACUGAAUGUGCCUUACAGUUCCCAGAGCCGUACUCCUACUGGGACACGAUGAUGAAGAUCUGUGUGUUUGUGUUUGCCUUCGUCGUGCCUGUGCUCAUCAUCACCGUCUGCUACACCCUCAUGGUCCUGAGACUGAAGAGCGUCCGGAUGCUGUCUGGCUCACGGGAGAAGGACCGCAACCUGCGGCGCAUCACACGGCUGGUGGUGGUGGUGGUCGCCGUGUUCGUGGUCUGCUGGACGCCCAUUCACAUCUUCAUCCUGGUCAAGGCACUUGUGAGCGUACCCGAGACCACCGCCAUCAUGGCGGCGUAUUUCUUCUGCGUGGCUCUGGGCUACACCAACAGCAGCCUCAACCCCAUCCUCUACGCCUUCCUGGAUGAGAACUUCAAGCGCUGCUUCAAGGACUUCUGCCUGUCAGCCAAACUGAAGGGGGACAGGGCCUCCGGUAGCAAGAAGAUCCCCAGCACAGUCAGGGCUGCCGCUGUUCCCCUGGAGAACCCAGAUGGGACUAAUAAACCCACCUGACUAGCGGUGGAACUGUCUUCAAUUUCCCACAUUGGAAAAGAAGAUUCGCAUGAUCUGGGCUUAACGCACAUCACUUCAGUGAUGUAGACUUACUCUGCUGUGAAAGCUGAUCCCCCUCUUGUUUUUAGAAACACCAUAAGGCAGAGCCAAGCUGCCAAGAUAGAUCAAAAUCUUUCACUUAAAACCACAUGAAAGUCAUCUGUUUGACAAUUUCAUCCUCUUUGGUCUUAAGAUUUUGAAGUUAAUGUCUGAAGUUACAGGUGGAUUCAAAGAAGACAUAAAAAGUGGAUGAAAGUUUUCUGUAAGGGGGAUACAGUGGAGCUCUAGUUAUGUUUAUGAAUUUGCUGGCCCUUCCUCUCCCCCAACAGCCUUAUAUGUCUAAGAGUUUUUACAAAUGUCCAUUCAUUGUUGGAGAUGACAAACUUUAAGAUACCACAUAUAUUUAUUGUUACAUAAUCAGAAUUUCCUUCAGUCCCUCAUGGCAUAUUUUUUUAAAUAAUUUUUUUAGUUUUUAUGCAUUAGCCAAAUCUCUUUGGGGCCCCCAAAGGGGUCUCACUAAAAAAAAAAAAAAAAUUUAACAGAUUUUUUUUAACAGUCUCUAUAGAGACUACACCUCUGGUAGUCUUUAGAACACACUCAUAGGUAUUUUUCAAUAUGUUUACACAAUAUGAAAGAGCUGAUGAAUUUAUUUAGAAAGUGCAACAUAUAUAUUAAAUUGAUUCAUUGAACAUUAAACACAUCUUUAAUGGUUGUGGCUUAAAGUCAGUGAUGACCCAAGUUUCAACUUUUCUGUUUGUAUAAUGUUUCUUGAGAACAGUUAGAAACAAUGUUUAAUCCAGAAAUCUGAUAUUAUGGGCAUUUAUUAAUCACAUAUUGAUUAAUUACACACAAACUUAUUUCAGGUGUUAUUUCUGUUUGUGUGAUGUUUGUUUUGUUAAAGCUAUUGGAAACCCAACUUUCUUUUUAUUGCCAAAUCAGAAAAUUACAUAAGACCAAUCAAACUGGGGUUUUAAUACAAAAAUGUGUUAUAAUGGUCAUUUAUGGUUUGCAUAAUCAUGAGGAAGACUGCUCACUUGAACAGAAGGGUAAGCCAAAAAACAUGAUUUCUACUAAACUUGUCUGAGACAUAAAUGAAAAGCUGAGUGGAAGGAAAAAAUGUGUUAGAGCAAGAUUCCCAUGUGACAGAGAUAACCGCAGCCCCAGCCUGUGGAAAAAGAACCACAUACAAAUGGUUCUUUCACCACAAUUGAAGUAGAAGUUCAGGAACUUCAACUUUUACCUUAUUUGUGUGACCAAAUUCCUGAACCAGAAAUGUCUCCACUUGAAGCCCGAGUUGCUGUAUUUUAAUCUGCCUGGACUUUGUGUCUCUCCUCUCCUCCUCCUCCAAACUCUUGAGACCUUGAUUUCCAAAUGAAUUGCAAAAUUUACUUUCAUCUAAGAAAAGGACUUGGACUACUGAGCAAUAGUCCUGGCUUGGCACAAUGAAUUCAACAGUUCAUGCUUUGAUAUUUAUGUGUGUGUGUGGGUUCUUGAGUCUACAACACCGCAGUUAUUUGCCUACCUUACUCUCCUCCAUUUUUUCUUCCACUCAGUUUUCCAUUAAUAUGCUUUCAUACAGCACUCUGUGCAUAGACAACUUGUUUAGCUGUUUUUGGUUUAUUCUCCUUGUGGAGGAUGUCAGUGGUUGUCUACUGGACAAUAGUCAGGUCAGCUGUCUGCCUAAUUGAACAUUUCUGUUUUAAAAAGCCAUUUUAUUAACGUUAUGUAAAACUUGAAUUGGGUUUUAUUUGCUGUAAGCCACGAUCGUUAAAAUUGACAGAAAUCAGGAGAUAAAAAAUGUCACUCUGUGUGUAUUAAAUGUAUAUAAUAUAUAAGUUUCAGUUUUUUAUUUAUAAAUCUAGAGAAUAAUUUUUUACUACGGUAAUUUAUUUCGAUGCAUCUGUUGAUCCAUAUUCUGUAGCAAAAAUUUAAAAAGUACUUCUUUCAUAAUUGCUCAUCUGUUAAAAAUAUCUGUGAAAAAACAUAUUAGUCUAAAAAACAAACAGAUGACUGAUUAUUAUGACCAUUGCUAACUAUGUCCAAACUUCUAAUUUUAAUUUCCUUCAGUAAGUCUAAUAUUUGCCAGCAGUGCCUUCAACAGUCCAGGAUAACAUGAUUGUCGAUGUGAAGAAUGACUGGAGCCAAUCGGCAAGUUAUGUUCAAAAGAUUUCCUUUUUCUAUGAAUUAGUUUGGGCUGUCAUUGGUUUGGCUGCAUGAAGCCCUGGCAGGGACCGUUGGUCAAAAGCUUUUUCGCCUCUGUGAAAUGUGUGAAUGGAGCUGAUUGGUCACAGUGUGAGAAAACUGACUCAUGGAUGGACUUGGAAGUCAAAAAUAGUAAACGUACAUCUGCGUCACAACAAGCUUGCUCAAUGAGGGAAAAGAAUGGAAAAAAAUGAAGGAUACAUCCUGGACUCAAAUGUGCAUUUAUAAUUUGUCUGAGGGCUCUCCAUCGGUUUUGACGUCAUGAAUGGUGUCCAAACUGAUGCACUGUAAAAUUUUACUCAAUGUGAUGAAUUAACCUGUGCUUUUAUGGCUUUUACAGUGAUGACAAGUACUCUUUCUCAUGUUGUGCAAUCUAAUCAUAUGAAUGGCAGACUUUACAAGUUGUGGACCUAUAGUCUGUUAUAAUACCCACACAAUAAUGCAGUGUGUUUAAAAUUUUGCAAAGAUUACAAAUUGAACAACUUUGCACAGUCAUCAUGUAAAUAAACUGUACUCGUAGCAUGUGAAUCAUCAUCGAUGUGAUGUAAAAGCUGACAUCAGAAGCUAAAACAUGAUUAAUGGACUGCUGUUUGUUUCUAAUGUGUUGCAAACAGACUGUUUGUGUAAAAUAUGUAGAAAUUCAACAGCUAAAAAUAUUUAUUUCUAAUUUUCUGGCUGCUACAUGUAUAUUAUGGAAUAAAACCAAAAAAGAAUACAUCUAUAAUAACAAAAAGGACCAUGGAUGCAUAGUUUUUUUCUGUUUGUUAUGAUCUCUGUGUGCUC